AGAAGAAGAAAAAGAAAGAGAAAAAGAAGAAAGAGAAAAGGAAGGUGCAAACACAGGGAGUGAACAGCAUGGGACUGAAUGUCAUACGGAGUUAGACGAUAAAUCACAGGAAAAUAAAGACCACCAAGAACAAGAGAAUACAAUAUAUAAGGGAAAUGAAGGCGACAAAGAAAAAGAAGAUGAUGAAAAAGAUACAAAUGCAGACGAUGCUCUGCACAAAUAUACAAAACUAAAUGAGACGACUACAGAUCAGGAGAGAAAAGAAGCUCCACAGGACAGAGAUCAACAAAAGGAAUUAAAUAAAACACAGGAGGAACAAACAGAAAUGGAGAAAACAGAGAACAAACAUGUGAACAAGGAAAUGGGCAAAGAAAAUAACGAGCAUCACAAUGUUGAACACACACAGCAGAAAGAGAACAAAGCAGAUCUAAAUCAAGAGAAGAAUAAGAAUAGAAUAGAAACUACUAAAAACAUGACGCAUGGUACUGAAAACCCACUGCAGCUAGUAAAUGUAGAGACUCCAACUGAGACGCAGCAAGUGAGAAGUGACACAGAAUUUGGUGAGGGAGAUAAAGUUCAGCAAGACACUGCACAAAAACUAAUGAUGAAGAACGACACAACUAAAGAGCAGGAGGCACAGGCCAAACAGGGAUUAGAGCAAACUACAAAGGAAACACCAGAGAAGAAGAAAGAGAGGGAACCAAAGAAUGAAUUGAACAAAGACAAUGUGGCAUCGCUGAAACAGGGGCAAGAAGAGAAGAAGCUAGAAAAGUCAGGUGAGAACAUUGACAAAGGAACAGGAGCUGCCAGUGAAUGCAGUUAAGCAGCCUGGGAAGAAGAGAUACACAAAAGACUCAGAAAAAGACAGAAGUACCUCAAGAAGAGCAAAUAAAACAAUUAUAUAUAUACUGGAGAGUGGUUACAUAUUCCUCUGCAUGAUGAAGUGAUUAGUGUUGUGCCUCUACUGCAUAUAUCUGUAUCUUUAACUGUAACCUUAAAUCUGAAUCUGAAAAUGUGAAGAUCUGGUGAAACUACUGUCUCUAUCUGUAUCUGUUUACAAACAGCUCUCAACACUGGUAUAUAGUGAACUACUAAAGAAUGAUAUUUUAUUUAUAUUAGAUCACUGCUGUGAUUAGAAACAAGAGAUGAAGUCUUUAGAUGUGUGAAUUUCCCUCUAGGAUGAAUUAAGUGGUCUUUUUCAUCUUAGAUGGCCCUUGGGAUAAAGCUGAAUUAUUGGGAGAUGGUUUUUCCUUAUACAUUUAAACUAUUUAAUCACUGCAUGAUGUUCCUGUUGCCUCAAUUCAUUAUAUAAAUAAAGCAAAACUUGUGUUG